AUGGCUGUUGGUAAGAACAAGAGAUUGUCCAAAGGUAAGAAAGGUUUGAAGAAGAAGGUCGUUGACCCAUUUACCAGAAAAGAAUGGUACGAUAUUAAAGCUCCAUCCACCUUUGAAAACAGAAAUGUCGGUAAGACUUUAGUUAACAAAUCUGUUGGUUUGAAGAACUCCAGCGAUUACUUGAAAGGUAGAGUUGUCGAAGUUUGUUUAGCCGAUUUACAAGGAUCUGAAGAUCACUCCUUCAAGAAGAUUAAAUUGAGAGUUGAUGAAGUUCAAGGUAAAAACUUGUUAACUAACUUUCACGGUAUGGAUUUCACCACUGACAAAUUGAGAUCUAUGGUCAGAAAAUGGCAAACUUUGAUUGAAACUAAUGUUACCGUCAAAACUGCUGAUGAUUACGUUUUGAGAGUCUUUGCCAUUGCUUUCACCAGAAAGCAAUCUAACCAAGUUAAGAGCACUUCUUAUGCCAAGUCUUCCAGAAUCAGAGCUAUCAGAAAGGCUAUUUCCGAAAUCUUGACUAGAGAAGUUUCUUCUUCCACUUUGGCUCAAUUGACCUCCAAGUUGAUCCCAGAAGUUAUUAACAAGGAAAUUGUUAAUGCUACUAAAGGUAUCUUCCCAUUACAAAACGUUCACGUUAGAAAAGUUAAGUUAUUGAAACAACCAAAAUUCGACUUGGGUGCUUUGAUGACUUUGCAUGGUGAAGCAGCCACUAAUGAAAAGGGUAAGAAGGUUCCUGGUUUCAAGGAUGAAAUUUUGGAAACCGUGUAA